AUGUCUCACGUUUCGCUGAGCUCCGUUUCCAACGGGGAGACCGUCAUCAAGCUCCCCCACCCGUACCUAACCGAGUACGCCGUCGCCAAGGCAGGCGAGGACAAGUACCGCAUCGAGCUCAAGGCCGACUCGUCGUCGUCGUCGAAGCUCGCGCCGCAGAAGCAGCCCCCGUCCGAGCUGCACAGCGAGACCCUGCGCUUCACCGAGCCCGUCGACCUCAAGUCGAGCGAGCUCCCCAGCCAGUCCAACAACUCUGCGUGGGCGCGCGCCCGCCGCUCGCCGGCCUCGACGGUCAGCUGGGAGGGCGCCGAGGCGCCGACCCUGGCCCAGGCCUGGCUCCUGCUGUACGUGCUCUUCACCGUGAGGCCGUCCAUGGAGUCCCUCCGUCUGGAGCUCGCCGGCGCCGGCGCCCCCCUGCUGGGCCAGCAGCUCAAGGACGUCUUCCUGGCCGUCGACCACCCCGAGCGCAGGGGCCGCCACGAUGACGAGGCCGCCGCCCCGGCGCCCCCGGAGUCGCCAGAGACCGAGUCGCUCGUCGUCGCCGUCCGCAGCGCCUUCUGGCAGGGCGCCGGAUCGCCCUUCGGCCCCAGGCCUGUCUGGUGCCCCGAGGAGUCGCCCGCGUCGCUGACCAAGCCUCUCUCCUCCUACCCCGUCACCCCCACCCACCACACCAUCACCGUCUCGUCCGCCGGCGACCCCGAGGACCCCGCCCGCACCCAGCAGGCCUGGCACCCCGUCCGCCCCGCCAAGCCCGCCCCCGGGGCCGUCAUCUACUCCCGCUACAUCCCCCACCUCGGAGAGACCUUCUCCAUGGUCUCGCUCGACUGGCAGGACGAAGAGCACCUGCGCCUCUUCCACGACUGGCAGAACGACCCCCGCGUCUCCCAGGGCUGGAACGAGACCGGCACCCUCGACCAGCACCGCGAGUACCUCCGCAAGAUGCACGUCGACCCUCACCAGGUCGCCGUCCUGGCCAGGUGGGACGACACCUACUUUGCCUACUUUGAGAUCUACUGGGCCAAGGAGGACCGUCUGGGUGGCUACUUCGACGCCGGCGACUUUGACCGCGGUCGCCACUCACUCGUCGGAGACGUCCGCUUCCGAGGCCCCCACCGCGUCACGGCCUGGUGGAGCAGCCUCAUCCACUACCUCUUCCUCGACGACCCCCGCACCGUCGAUGUCGUCGGCGAGCCCAAGGACGCCAACUCCACCGUCGUCAUGUACGACCUCAUCCACGGCUUCGGCCUCGAGUACUUUGUCAACCUGCCCCACAAGCGCAGCGCCCUCGUCCGUCUGUCGCGCGGCCGCUUCUUCCAGCUCUGUCCCCUGGGUGAGAGUCCCAAGGCUAUCGGUGGCAUGAAGAUUGGUCUGGUUCCCAAGCUGUAA